GAUCUCUACUUCCAAUCGAUGGAGUACCUAAAUUCCUUCAAUUGUACAUAUACGAUACUGAAUUCGAAACAACUAAUAGACUUUCCAUUAUGCCUAAACUUCGUCAUGAAACUUUGGAAUUUAUUAAAACAAUAUUAAACCAAUUAAACCCUUUCGUAACCAAUUUUCGUUCGAUUUCUUCAAAUAAUAACAUAAAUAAUCUAUACUUACUUAUCAAAGCAGAUCAAAAGUUAGAUCAACGUAUCUAUAACAAACCAACAGCUUCACAAGUAGCUGCUAUAUGGGUAGAAGGAAAUAGUCCUAUACAAUAUACAAACGUGAUAUAA